AUGAAUUGUGUUUCGAACGACGAUAUUAGUGUGCCAGAGGGCUCACCAGUAUCUGCGACCAUGAGCCAUAGUGGUAGUAAUGAAGAGUCACAACCGGCCGCGUUAGCGAAAGACCAGAAUAAGCUUAUCCAUCUGGAUCCGAUACCGGACUUCCAGGACAAAGGCGAGAUUAAACCGUGGUUGCAAAAGAUUUACUAUCCACAGGGGAUCGAGAUUGUUAUAGAGCGGUCAGACCGGUUGAAAGUUGUGUUCAAGUGUAAAGCUUCCAAAAGAGGCAAGAACUCACAGGGCUGGGCCGCAACAAAGAGUGAAAGUCCUGUGAGUUUAUCGAAGCAACCUGUGCUCGAAGGAUCUAAGAAGAAGAGAAGCGUUUCGAGGUUCAACUUGUGCCCCUUCAGGAUACGCGCAACUUAUUCAUUGAAAAGGAAAAGAUGGAAUAUUGUCGUUGUGAACAAUAGUCAUUCACAUCCUCUUAAGUUUGAUCCUGAUUCUGAUGAUUACAAGAAAUUCAAGUCCAAGUUAAGAGAAGAUAACGAUUGGGAAGCGAUUAAGAAAUUUGAUGAGCUGGAAUACAGAGCGAGAUCCAAUCUACCGAUUGAAUCAUCGGUGAUCACAUGUGACUGUGGUCUAACAAAUGAGAUUUCAAGUUUUAACAUUGUGCUCCCGAGUGCUAAGCCAACGAUGAUCAAUAAACCAAAGAGUACUUCCAAAUUACGACAACAAAGGAAGGAGACUUUCCUCAAGAUCCCACAACAACACGAUUUCUUACCAAACACAACCCAUGUCGAUAGCCCCACAGUGUCUGGCUUCAUCGAUGAUCUGUCGCUGGAUCAACCAUUUGCAGCUUUAUCGACCGCUACUGAUGCGUUCACAGAUUUAAACGAAAUAGAUUUCACGAGCAUAUUCCAUAAACCACAACAUCCACAUCGUCAGCAUGAACGACAUAGUAUCACAGGGACCCCAGUACCACCAAACGUUUUCUCACCACUUACAAAUUCGACUUUCCAGUAUUACUCACCAACGGACGAAUUGCUAAAUUCACCGGCACACCAAAGACCGCCAUCGGUGAGUACGCAUCAUAGUACUCAACUUGUCGACAUAUGCGAGAAACAAAGUUGGGACCCGCACUAUAAUGACCAUAGCCAGGAUUCGCUAGCCACACCACUUUGCGAGAUUACCAACAGUGACAUGUGCCGCGCCGAUACUCCACAAAGGGGCAUAGGUGACGUGCUAUCCCAGGAGUUGAACGCCAUAAAGGCCAUAGACAGCGAUUUACAAAUCAUAGAUGAGUCAAUGAGUACCCAAAUCUUUCAUAGAUCUGGGUUCGAUAGUGAAUCGCCUUGGACACCACACGAUCAACUGACUCAAGACAACGACGAAGAUUCCAAUGAUAAGUCGUUCUGGGACAUGAAUUUCGCAAGACAAUGA